GAUGAUAGGACCUCUUCACCAUCCCUUACAGAUACAGUCUCUGUUUCAAGCAGUUUAAGCAGUGAGACAAGUGAUCAGGGAUGUCAGAUUGUUCCCCCUUUGAAUAGUAUCCUUGCAAAAAAUGUAUGUUAAUAAAAACCUAAGUGAUCAGUAAUGCAAUAUUGUACUCAAUUUAAAAGAUAUUGGUAUGGUUUUAGAUUGUUCUGAACUUUUUUUGUUUUUUAUUUUGUUUUAGAAUGUAGAGCAAAUUCUCUCCUCAAAACCAGCUGGCAUGACUGUGAUAAAAGAGUAUGAGGAGACUGGGAGUUUAAAAGAUUCUACCCGGCGGUUAAUGGUUAACAUUAUUGUGGCUCAUAUGCAUGAAAAAGAAGGGAGAGCUGUUAGCAAAGCAACAAAGGAAUUCCAUGCCCUUGGAAUUGUGUCACUGUUCCCAUCUCUGAAGGACCCGUACUCCAAAAAGGGAUAUGAACACUUCUAUGACAUUCAGAGCAACAAAGGCUUUCUACAGUGGCGUAUGAAAACAGUGCAGCGUAAAUCCAGAACCGUGUCAACAACCCAGAAUAACAUGGUGCUCACAGGAGGUCCUACAUCAUCAAGAUCAUUUGGUACCAUGGAUGACCAGCGAAAAGGAGACGAAUGUAUGGAAGCCAUGUCUCUCCUUCACUACACAACUGAUCGGGACUUGGUGUUCCAGAAGAUGAGAGAAACCUUCUGCUACCGUCAGCAGAUCCUUCAUGACCCACAGCGCGCAGCUGAUGUCCUACAAAUGUUUCCUCGUUUUUUGGAUGUCAAAGGACUGAUUUUGCAAGACUUCUCACUGAUGUUUGGAGCUGAUGUCGCUUCAAGAUUCCUUGAAAAAUGGAACACCAGUUUCAAAGACAAAGUCAUCCAGGAGGCCAGGGCCCUGAAAGAGACUGUUCUCCUUAAACAGCAGUUAAAAGCUGCCCUGAAUGAAAGGUCUGAUGCUACUGAUGAGCCAGAGUGGGAUAGCGACAUGGCUUCCAUUCUUGUGUUGCUGCAUCUUCUCACUCCCCAACCAGCUGGCAGAAAGCGGCCAAAGAAGAUCAGUGUUGGUGAGGCAAUGGAUCAUCUAGUGAAAUUUCACAAGUCAUGCAAUAGCCUUGAGGAUCAUCUCUUGACUGCUGCAGAAACCCGUCAGCCAUAUGUUCUUGCCAGUGGGACUUCAAAGGCACAGGUUUUCACCUUCUACAUUGUCUUGGACAAGAAGCUUCUGCCUUGUCAGUCAUGUACAUCCUUAGGUGCUUUUGAUGAGUUGUUCAAGUCUCAUUUUGUUUUCAGUGUGAAGUAUGAUGAUGCUCUGUCCAGCCUGUACACAUUUUUGCAGACAACUGUGUACAAUAUUGACAUAGGCACAACUGAAGAAACUCCAAAAGUCAAAGAGCUGAGAGCAAAGUUGUUGAACAAGCUUUAGUUGGCCUUCUCAGCCACAAUGCUAAGUUGCUUUCUGUGUGCUUCAUCCUUUGGUACAACUGUGCAUCUGUUCAGGCACCUCAAACUAAUUCAUGGAAUGUAUCCAGGGAAAAGUCUAAGACUGAAAUGUGGCCAGGCCGGUUGUUGCUUGCAGUUCUCCAGUUAUUCUGGAUUUAGGAGACAUCUUAUUAAUAUUCAUUCUUCAACUGAGCCCUGUGAGGAUCCUUCCAAUUGUGAAAGUGAAGAUGGCAAUUCUCAGUCAUUAGACAAUGAAAUGCCGUCUACUUCAUCUCAAUGCCAAAAUGUUGAAACUGGACAUUCAGGAUCCACUCAAAGGAAAGAUAUGUGUGCUUCAAUUAUAGCCAAGCUUUUGGGGAGCGGUGUACCAAAUUCUGUGGUUCUGUCCACAAUUGAAAAUCUUGAAGAAUUUGUGGAGGAACUGCAGUCCAAUAUUCAGGACCAGGUAUUGAACUUACUUCCAGGAAAUAAUCCAUCUAGAUCAGCCAUGGAAGACUUAUUUAAAAAGUUUGACAAUCCUUUCAGUCAGCUGAACUCUGAUACCAAGUGGAAGAAAUAUUUCAGGGAUAAAUGGGGGGUAGUAGAGCCAGUUGAGGUGCACCUUGGAGUUAGAUAUGAUACGAGACGAAAUAAAACUGGAAUGUAUGAACAAGUUCCUGUUAAUGAUAAAUUCACAUAUAUUCCAAUUUUGAAGACACUCCAGUUCAUUUUUAGAAAUGAAAGCAUAUGCGAGUUGAUACAAAAAUCUAGGCCACCUUUUUCUGAUGUUUAUGAAGACUUCUGUGAUGGAAGCUACUUUGAAAGUCAUCCAUUAUAUUCAGUUUAUAGACAUAGUCUCCAAAUUCAAUUGUACUAUGACGAAUUUGAAUGUGCAAAUCCUCUUGGAUAAAAAAAAGGCAUACAUAAAGUUGGCUGCCUUUACUUUAUUCUCAGAAAUCUUCCCCCAAAAGUAAAUUCAGCCCUCAUGAACAUCCACUUGGUAUCUUUGUUUUAUGCACAAGAUGUAAAAAAAUAUGGGAUUGAUGAAAUACUGAAACCCUUAAUUAGUGAUUUGAAAAUUCUAGAAACUGUUGGAAUUGCUGUGCCAUUUGCAGAACACCCUGUAUGUGGUACACUUGCUCAAAUUACUGGUGACAAUUUGGGUAUGCAUUGCAUUCUUGGGUACCUGGAGUCAUUUAGUGCACAUUAUUUCUGUCGAUUUUGCUUAAUUGAUAAAUUCACAGCUCAGUCAGUUUUCUCAGAGGAUGACCCAAGGUUGACUUUAAGAUCACCAGUUCUAAACGAUCAGCAUUAUGCCAAUUUGAUUGAUGAACCAACACUUGCCUCUUCAUUUGGCAUUAAGAGGAAAAGCACACUUAAUAACUUAAAGUAUUUUAAUACUGCAGAAAACUAUGCUGUGGACAUAAUGCACGACAUAUUGGAAGGAGUGGGCCAGUUUGAGAUACGACUACUUUUUGAAUAUCUGAUUGAACAUUUAAUUUCCAAAGAAACCU